ACGGCCACCAAACAGCCGAUUUCAAAAGAACUGGUCACAUACGGUUGGCAACUGAUUGAUCCAGUGAACGACGAGUUGAAGACUCCCUUGAGCGAAUCCGAAACUUUGGGCGGUUCAAAAAUGCGACUCACCGAACUGCAUUUGCCAGACUAUCAAAAGGAUCACCAUAUACUGUGGGGUUGGUGUGUUGUAGAUGUUCGUUCAUCGGACGCACCGAAGGAUGCCCCCGUGAAACACUAUCGGUCCAAACCUUUCAAGAUGGUGGUGCUGCCAAAAGAUACCACGGUUUCCGUCUUGCCGAAGGCAAUUCGAACACGAGACGAAAUCUUUGUCAAAGUGGACGGCAUUACAAGCGAUGGAAUGCUCCGAGCCAUGGAGGGAGAGACAAAACAUAUCCAAUGCCGAGCGAUCGAUGCACUAACCGGACAUGUGAUCGAUACCCCGGAUAUUACUUUCGGAUGGGACUGGCGCACCUUGGACGGUGGUCGAGCUGAUGUCGGUUUGAUUAGCAGCCAAGUGAAGACCACCAGGCACGAAGCGACCAUGACCAAUUUGCGUUCUGGCACUCCGAUCAAAGGUCGAUGCAUGGUUAUUAAACGUCCAUCCGAAAUGGAAGAAAAAGCGAUGGAGAGCAAAGAUGUGGAUAAAAACCUACCAAUUACUUACUAUUCCGAUUUCUUCUUCUUCGAUGUGGAACCGCAUGAUCCAGCAUCCAAACAAGUAGAGAAACAAUGCCGAUCUGUAAUCGCCACUGAUGAAAAGAUCAUUGUGACGCUGAAUGAGGCGAUUGACGAGGAACUCAGUUUGAAGGCCAACGAAGAUGCGGAGAUCACAGCAAGCGUCAAAGACGCAGAUGGCAAUCCAGUCGAGCCGAAAGGUUUCAGCUUUGAAAUCUCUUAUUUGUCUGGUCAAGUGGCUCAUGUCGGUGAAAUUUCUGAAUCGUUUGCAUUUGACCAACGGACGGGAGUUCUGAAAUUAUCCAAAGUCCAAUACCCGACCAAACCAAUCAAACUACGAUUCUCCGUCCUGAUGCCCGCUGCAGAAUCGACCGAUUCAGAUUUCGGGACCGGUUGCUCACCUCUUAUCUAUCGAUCAGACUAUGCGUCCGUCAACGUGCAGGCCUCUGAAGAUGCAACUAAACCAAAGUGGACGGAGCGCGGUGUUCCAGUGUAUGAUGUUAAUCAGAAAGCAUACAAAGUACGAAUCAAUGGUCUGGAUGACAAAGGCAACGCUUUGGGCACACCAAAAGAACCGAUGGAGUUGGAGUGUACAGUGUUUGACAAAUACGACAUGGAAGCUGAAUUCCCAGUGAAUGCGUACACAUGGCAAUUGAUUGACGCAGAAGAUCAGCCGGCCAACCCAGGCACACUGGCCGAUGAGGUUGAAAUUGUGGGCGGAAAGAAGCUGAAGUUGACCAAUUAUCGUCCAUCUGCCGAACAUGACGGCAUUCGCGGUCGUUGUUUGAUCAGUGUUUCCGUUCCCAUGCCGGUCGAUGCGGAUAUUCAUCCGGAUAUGCCACCAGCACAACAGUAUGCAUCACCCUAUUUUGAGUUCAAGACCAAACCGAAAGAAGGUGCAAUUGAACCUGGUGUGACUGAUGAAACACGUGGAGAAGAAACUGCUGAAGGUCGCGAGACAACCCCCAGUUCUGAAAGGGAGACUGCGACUGAGGGAGGAGAAACUUUACCCGAUGGGGAAGAGGAACCUGCCGCAAAACCGGAGUUCACACUUCAGCUGGAUUCUCCGAUUAGCGAGGUCUACAAAACACAUGAAAACCUGUAUACUGUUUUGGCUCGAGUUCAGCGUCCGUUCGAGCUUAACUGUCGAGCGAUCUUCAACGAGGGUGCUGCCGGGCCUCGGUCAAGUAGUGGGGAAGCCUUACCCAAAUUAGUGUGGUACUACCGACAACCGGAAAUCCCAGGUGAUGUGCCAAUCCCCUCUCAAUUGUUUGCAGUUAGUCCACCGAGAAUGGAAACGUUGAAUAUCGGUGCACAAACAGAUUACAAAAUCAGCGUUGAAACGGAUGCUUACUCGUUCCGUGACGACCGGGCUGAAUUUCAUUGCAAUGCCUACUUGGAAUCCGAUGAGAAACCUGUAGUCUCAAAGGUUGUGUACAUACAAAAAAACCAUGUUGAACAAAUGCCACUUAUAAUUACUAAUUUAUUUGACAAGUAUGCACUACCUCUCGGAAACAUUUUUAUUCAUUCAACAGAGGUCAAAGAGAAAUUCAACGUCCGAAUAUUCGAUGAGGAUUCACGAAGCCGGGCCUAUGCUUUUGUGGGCACGUCUAAAACACUGACUUGCUAUGUGGAUGACGUGGAUUCAGGCGACCGAAUCGAACCAGAGAGUUAUCAGUGGGAAGCAAGUGUUGUUGACGGCAACGGUGUAUGGAUCCGCACAUCAGGCCCGAAACAACCAGCCCAAUUGAUUGAAGGCUGGACGAGCAAUCAACUGGUUCUGGAAAGUCUUAAGUUACCCGAGACUAGUGCGGCAACCGAAGCGACGUACGAGUUCCGUUGUAUUGCAGCAUACAACACAACAUUUGACACCACAUCCAGAUCUUUUGUGCUGAAUGUGCGACAAAAACCCAAGAUUGAAUUUAUUCGUCUUGAUCGGGAGAAACCUACCGAGGCUGUUCUGAACACAAUUGACGUGCCGGAAGAUUCAUACAACGCAACGGAAGAUUACCAACUCGGCUGUAAACCCGAGGUCACCGGAAGUGAAGCUGUUGCUGUUUGGCAAAAGGCGAACGAUGCAUGUACCGUGGCCAAGGAUCUCAUUCCAAAAGGCGACAAACUAUUUCUGUUUGCAAACUCCACAAGAUACACGGACGAGGGUCUCUUCCGAUGCCAACAAUCACUGCUUAUCCGGGCCAUUCGCACUUUUUUCAUAUGUGGUAAAAGAAUUGCCCGAGGUCAGCUUAUGCCGGAACACUCUGGCAAGUACACAUGUACCGCAAAGAAUCCAUAUGGAACUGCUAGUAGCACGAUCGACGUGACUGUUACGGAAGACCUAGUUCGUGGAUCGCGAAGAGUGAGUCGCAUUUUUAUUCCACUUAAUUCACCAUGA